UGUAAAGAAUGGCUGCCUGCAACGUCACGUUAGGCAGCUGGGUCAUGCUCAGCUUCGGAGGCCUCUCCACAUGCAUAUCGCCCUGUCCCAUAAGUAUCAUUCCUCCUCGUGCAUCCUGAGGUUAUACUGCUGUCUUCCUCUUCGCUCUGCAUCUUUAUCGUGAUUCAUGAAAACAUGUCAUUGAACAUUCUUGUUCCGCAAUUCCUUCUGCCGCACAGCUCUGUCCGGCUGGCGCGCUUCACCACAAGCAUUGAUUAUCCCCACCAAAACUAUCACGACCCUUCCUACGCCGAAACACCAAAGCCCGCCGUUUCCCCCCGCGAGUCUUACAUCGGAUUAGAUCGUAGAAGCAGCAAUACGAGCUUUGGAUCUGCCCUCACAUCUCUCAUGUCGGCGGGAUUUUCAAAGCGUGCUAAGACUCAAGUUCAAGUCAAGGCAGACUGCGUCACCACCUACACGCUCGAAAACUCCGACGAAUGGUUCAGUGAGGCGAUGGGCAUGUCAGCUACUAGGUCCUGGGUCGAGAGAGCGGUAGACAGGGGCCACGACAUCUAUAUGAUCGUAGGAUUCCACACAGUCACGAACGCCUGUAUUACCCACGGAUUCAUCCGUGAAAGGGGCGCUGGUGGCCAAAUCAACGUCCCUGUCGGUCUCUCGCUUGCCGCCGUUGGCGCCAUCGUGCCUCUUGGGAACAUCAUUGAUCCUUCCGCCGGAGGGAACAGUCAUCGCCUUGACGAUACGCGGUCGUUUUUCAUGGCGCCAGGCGAACAAAUCUGCGCUUUUCAGUACCGCAAAGUCCGGCAUCGAUGGCUUUCCAGCAACAGCAUCGAUACCUCCCGGCUGUCCAAAUCACCUCGGUGGUCAUCUGUUGAGAGGGGAAGGGAUGAAGAAGAUGGAGAAGACGACAUCAUCGAAGUAGAAGCGAUACCCGUUGAGGAACUUGAGGGAAGGUGGCAGAGGCAAGAGGUGCUGGGUGGCGAGAUUCUGUUGAUCCGGAUGGAGGAAGGAAGAGAAGAAUAGGUUUUAGAUGAAAGGGUGAUGGAUUGAUUAACUUGAAAAUGGCCUCGUGCCCGUGUUCGGCAGCCCACAACGGUGGCGUCCGACCAUAUUUAUCUUCAGCGUCGACAUCGACCUUGCCCGUGUCAAGCAGCAGUUGGACAGCCUCGCGCCCUUUUUCGACAGCCCACAACAGCGGCGUCCGGCUAGAGUCAUCUCUCGGGUUGUCAUCGACUUCGUCAUCGACAUUGGAGGCCCGAUGAUGGUGGCUAAGUAGAGUGGGGG